AUGCUUUUUCAAAUUCUCAUGGUAUGGAUAGGUUGUGGACUAACCAAUGAAGUGGUAGCUUUAUCAGCUUGUCCACAGCAAUGCAUCUGUUCCGAAAACAAUAUAAUUUGCUCAUGUGAAUCAACGCCAUCAUCAGAAUUAACAUUGUCAUCGUUGGGAGGCUUUUACAUUAAAUCAUUAACUGUUCAUUCAUGUUCGAAAGUCAAUGUACUCAAUGGAACUUUUACUGGCGUUGUAAUCUUAGAUCGCUUAUCGUUUAUACACAUAGGCAGGCUUUUUCUCGAACCAUUUGCCUUUAAAGGAAUACUACAAUCACCUAAACAACUGACAAUUGAGCAAAGCACGAUUCCCAUACUGAUGACUAGUUCAUUCACAGGACUGUCACAUUUGGAACAUAUAUGGAUACGACAAUCAACAAUUCAUUCAAUUGCCUCUUAUGCUUUUCAAUAUGUGGCAGAUGUCAAUUACUUAUAUUUUCGAGAAAGUCAAAUCCGACAUAUUGAAAAAAAAGCAUUCGGAAAUCUGUUCGAUGUGCGUAACAUCUAUUUUCGGGGAAACGUGGAAAUAGAUGAUAGUGAAAGCGAACUAUUUGUCAAUUCAACUAUUGAUGAGCUUCAAUUUCAUGAAGUUAACGGACAUAUAAAUGAGGGAUUCUUAUUAGGAUCAACACUACAACGUACAACCAUCUCUGACUCAAUUAUUAAAUUUAUUCGACGUGGAGAUGUUUAUGAUAUGGAUGAGAUGGCAGGAAUUGGUACAUCAGAACUGGAUAUCAUUAAUACAACACUGAAUGCAUUCUCUCCUAUACUAUUCUCACAGUUCAGUCCAAUUACAAUUAGCAAAAGCAGGAUUACAAAAUUGAGAGGAAGCGAUGUACACUUCAUUCAUCAUUACUUAUCACUGCUUGUGGAAGAUUCAAUAAUUGAUUCAAUAGAGCCAUUCUCAUUGAGUCAUUCAAUAAUCAAGGAUGUAUCAUUUAUGCGAACUAAGAUAGGAAAUCUGAGUGGAGCAGCAUUUCUUGGAAGUCAAAUGGUUCAUCUAUCAGUUGUUCAUUCGGAUAUAAAGCUCAUACAAACAACAUCAUUUUCCGAAUCAAUAAUAGAAGAGCUAUUAAUACGAGAUAGCAAAAUCGGAAUAAUACAAAGUAAAUCAUUUGAGAGAGCUCUAAUUCGACAGGCUUCCAUUGAAAGGUCAACUUUGUCAAAACUGCAACACGCAGCAUUCCAUAAGGCAACCAUUCAUCAACUCCAUCUUGACAAUUCAAUUAUUCAUUCAAGAGAACGAACGGAUGCUGGACCAUUCUCCAAUUGCGAGAUUGGAACCGCAGCUAUACGGAACUGUGCAUUUGAAGGAUAUGUAAAAUACUUCUUUGAAGCAUUAGAGCCAGUGCGACUGUCGAUAGUCGGUAGCACGUUUGAGUGUGAUCGCAAUGAUUGCGAGUUCAACAGUAUGAUUCUUAACACAUCUCCACAUCAGCUGUAUUGGAAAAUGGAAAAGAAUACUUGUAAGACGAACGAGAAUCAAACAGUAGCAGAGAUUUGUAAAGAUGCUAAAGUAGUCGAGCAUGAUGGAGUUGUUUGUCGUCAAAGUUGGGCAGUGUCAGACUGUGAAUGCACAAACGCCAUUUCCACAUUGCCAUCCACAAUUACAAGCUCAGUAGUUGUAAUAGGGGAUUGCGAAGAAUUAAUUGUCAACGCUACAGAAUUACAUGGAUUAAGAACAUUGAAACUUCUUUAUAUGUAUAGGAUUGGAAAGAAUGAGCUCAUAAAGAUGCCGAACAGCUUGAAAGUUCUUAGUAUCUAUCAUUCGAACAUCAACAUGCGCUAUGGAGCAUGGCAUCCAUCGAAAGUAUCAAUAGUUUUUAUACAAAACAGUAAAAUCUUGGAAAUGGAAGAAGGAUCAAUGUCAUAUCUCUCAAUUGGUCAUUUAACAUUAAAGAAUACAUACCAAAGUAAUAUGAAUGAUGCAGCAAUGGAAGGAACAGUAAUAGGCUCUCUCUCUAUAAAUGGAAGCCGUCUUGAAUCAUCAGGAGUUUUAUUUCGCAAAUCACUUCAUGUACAUAUGGAAAACAGUUUAUUAUUUUCGUCCGACGGAAUGACUUCGGUGCAAUCGGCUCAUUUCGCUAAUAACACAAUCUUAUGUUGUUGUGGAUCAGAAGGUGAAUAG